AUGUCUGACCCGGAGGAAGAGGAGUACGAGGACGACUUCCAGGAUGCGGACUACGAGGACGACUUCGACUCUGACGAUGCUGAGGUCCAGGAGGAGGAGGAGGAGGCCACUUCCGCGGCCGACUCUUCACCCGGCACGCCGAUGCCAGAAAGCGAUGCGGGAAGCUUCGAGGCAGCCGACCCCUCGGCGGCCCAAGAGCCUUCCGCGCUCGCCGCCAGCCCAGAAAGCGAUGCGGGAAGCCCGGAGGAGGACUUGGCAUGCGCAGUGCGGACGAUACGCUCAGGUUCUUCGAGUGAUGUCGUCCCCGCUGCCCAGGAAUCGGCAAACAAGGACGAGGAGGAGGCAGCCGAUGCCGCGGCAGCCGCUGCGGCUGCUGCACCCUCCGCGCCAACUGCCAGCUCUGAAAGGGAUGCGGGAAGCCCCGAGGAGGCGGCCACUCCCCCAACCGCCACUGUGCCCGGCACGCUUACCGUCUGCCUAGAAAGCUAUGUUGGAAGGCAGGAUGACGAGGAGUUGGCGUCCGCCAGAGUGGAGAUCGACCGCAUGCGGGCUGCGACCCCUCGAGGGUGGGCGAGAGAAGACCCGCAGGCGGCUGCCCUCCCCAUGGCCACUGCACCAGCGCCCCCCGCGCCAACUGCCGGCCAAGAAAGCGAUGCGGAAAGCCCCGAGGAGGCGGCCGCUCCCCCUAGUGCCACUGUGGCCAGCACGCCGAUCGCUCGCCCCGAAAGCGAUGCGGGAAGCCAUGAGGCAGCCGACGCCGCUGUGGCCACUGCACCCAUGCCCUCCGCAGAAAGCGAUGCAGAAAGUCCCGAGGCGUCUGCUCCCCCUACCGCCACGGUGGCCAGCACGCCAACCGCUGGCCAUGUGGGAAGCCCUGAGGCAGCCGACGUCGCUGCGGCGAGUGCGCCAAGCGCGCCAACCGCCAGCCCAGAAAGCGAUGCGGAAAGCCCCGACAAGGCGGCUGCACCCCCUGUGGCCACUGCGCCCGUAGCCGCAGACAGCGAUGCAGAAAGCCCCGAGGCGCCCGCUCCCCCCACCGCGACCCUGGCCAGCGCGCCAACCGCUCGUCCAGAAAGCGAUGUGGGAAGCCAUGAGGAGGCCGCCGAUGCCGCUGCGCCCGCUGCACCCUUCGCGCCAACUGCCAGCCCCGAAGACGAUGCGGGAAGCCCCGAGGCGGAAGCUCCCCCCAUCGACACCGUGCCCAACACGCCAACCGCCGGCCCAGAAAGCCAUGUGGCAAGCCCGGAGGAGGAGGGCUUGGAAUGCACGGUGCAGACGAUACGCUCCGCCGGCCCUGAGUCCAGUUCUUCGAGUGCUGCUGCCGUGCCGGCAGAGGAUCCGCCAGAGGACAAGGAGCACCAGGACGAUCCCGGCAAGGCAGGUCAACUUCCUCGUCCCACAGAUGGCUCACCCAUGGAAGCCCCUCCACUUUAUCAAGGUGCUGCUGUGCUUCUCCGGGAUCUGCUGCUGGAGUCGAGUCUUGGCAGCCGUCAUUGGUCACAGCUUCCAGAUGGUCACGUGGCCGUGGGCACCGCGCCCAAGCCGGGCACGGCGCCGGAGCGGCCGCGUCGGCCCAAGCGCCACAAAGUGGACCCGGGCGCCUCGCGGCCGCGGGUGGCGCGGGUGACUUCCCACGUUGCCCUGCAGCCCUUCGAGCAGCGCGGCGCCUCCUGGCAAGUGCAGGACAAAGCAGGCCUACUGCGGCAGCCGGAAGCUCAAGCAAUGCAGACAUGCACCGAGUCAAGCUUGGGAAAGAACACCCAGCUCUUUCAAUAA